CGGAAGUCGCCAGGUAACACGGUCACUCUUUAAUCCGAUACACCUAUCCAAGUUAGCUUAGUAUGGCUAACUUCAAAUGACAAGCUUUAUCAACUGAAUUGUGUCAUUCUAUUGUACUUCUUACGUUGUGCCGUCGUUAUAUAUGGAAUCAUACUUAAUUUUAGUUUGAGAAAUAGUCUGAAGGGGAAAGCAGUAAAAGCUUUACGUAGGCGUAGUGGGGGCUAGGUUUGUUAUGCUAAUUUAUAGGUUAGCUAGCUUAGUGUGACACACCAACACACAGAUGUAAAGUCAGCGUUGCUCCUAAAGUUAUCUGUCGUGACUCUUACUAAUGACGGUAAUCGGUGUCAAAGUCAGGCCAGCAGGCGUUAUGUAACUCAGAGGAUAAUCACUGAGUUUGAGGAUGGAGCCGCUGGAGGAGAGGAGGUGAAGUGAAAGGAAUCUUCAGAAUGUCUUCAGGUCACAGGCUGAGAGAUGUGGAGCAGCAGCGCCCCCUGCUGGACACAGAGGAGGAUGUGGUGGAGAGGUGCUCCCACAGUGGGGCUACAAAGCCCCUCUGGUUCAUCCAGGACUGCUGCGGCAUGGUGUGCGCCUUCAUCACCUGGUCGCUGGUCUUCUACGCUGACUUUGUGGUCACCUUCGUCAUGCUGCUGCCCUCCAGGAGCUUCUGGUACGCCGUGGUUAACGGGGUGGUCUUCAACAGCCUGGCUGUGCUGGCGCUGGCCUCUCACAUCCGCACCAUGCUGACUGACCCGGGAGCUGUCCCGAAAGGAAACGCCACUAAAAAGUACUUGGAGAGUCUGCAGCUGAAGCCGGGCGAGGUGAUCUACAAAUGUCCAAAAUGCUGCAGCAUCAAGCCGGAGCGGGCUCAUCACUGCAGUAUCUGUAAGCGCUGCAUCCGUAAGAUGGACCACCACUGUCCAUGGGUCAACAACUGUGUCGGGGAGAAGAACCAGCGCUUCUUCGUCCUCUUCACUAUGUACAUCUCUAUGAUCUCCGGUCACGCUCUGGCGCUCUGUGGAUACCAGUUCGUCACCUGCAUCAGAGUCCAGUGGGGACAGUGCAGUGAUUUCUCUCCCCCGGUGACCAUGCUGCUGAUGAUCUUCCUCUGCAUGGAGGCGCUCCUCUUCCUCACCUUCACAGCCGUCAUGUUCAGCACGCAGCUCCACUCCAUCUGCAACGACGAGACGGAGAUCGAGCGUCUGAAGAACGAGAAACCGACAUGGGAGCGUCAGACUCGGUGGGCGGGGCUUAGGUCUGUGUUCGGAGGUCAGCCCUCUCUGCUGUGGAUCAGCCCCUUCGCUGGACUCAAACUACCAACCCUUCUACCGAAACGCACCUGGAAGGGCGGGGCUGAGUUCUCCGUGUGAGGAGAUGUCACUCAAAUCGUCCCACAGUGAGGCGUGCUGCACAGUGACCGUCUCCUCGGCGGUCUCUCUCUCUAAACGGAAGGUUUGAUUCUGAGCCGCUGGAGAAACCGAACUCUGCUGCAGUGACCUGGAGCGAGGUGCCAGGUGUUCUUCUCUUCAGGUGUGUUCUGACCAAAGGGGGAGCAAAGAGUUCAUACGGAGUGAUACCGCUAACAGUCAAAGCAAAGACGACAAUCCUCACAGGGGAAUACGGAUUCAGCAAAUCAUACAACAGGAUUAAAAUAAAAGAGCUGGAGCAACAAUAUCUGAAGAACUUUUAAAUCCAGACUUUUUAAAGACUUGUUUAAUCAUUGGGCUCAGAAAUACUUUUAUUUUAAACAUUAUAUGACAUGGUACUGAUCCAAGUCAUCAGACUGGGACCUGGCACUGAUUCAAGCUAACAGGUCGUCAAACUGGGACCUGGUACUGAUCUGAAGGAUCUGGAAGCAGCAGGAGAGACUCAGUUCAUGGAGGAGGGAGAUUAACCCCGCUGUGAGAGAGUCUGGGUCAUGACUGAGUCCAGACAACAGGCUUUCUGAUUUUCUGACAAGUCCUAACAUGCAGGAUGAUUUUUUUUUUUUUACCAUCUUAAAGAAACUCAGAGUCCAGACGCCAAACUACUCCGAGUCACUCCACAUAAACAUGUCUGUUGUUGAAGCUGUUCAAUGCGUAGAAAAUCAUGAAUCAGGGUGACAACAGAUCCAGACUCUAAACUCUAAAUGUGUUUAUAUUUGCUCAUCAAGAUUCUCUAGAGCGGUGUCUGAAAUCACAGAAGUCAGAAACAUAUUUAACAUCAUAUCUUUUGUUUUCUCACACGUCUGGACCCUGCUGCUGUAUCUAAAUGUGUUCAUGUCUGUAGAAGUUGAUCUGAUUUGACAAGCUGCAACGUCCAAAUGAAUGUUUGAAUAAAAGAUUUCUUUCUGACGUUAUUUGUUCCAAAGUUUCCUGUGCAAACAAAUAAAAGUGUAUCUCUUA